GCUAAAUCCUCACACCAUUAUUACCAGGACUCACAUGCAGCCCCUGUGAUGGAGUGAGAGGAGAUAGAGAGAGAUACAGAAAACAUGGAGUUAUGGGGGAAAUGGAGAGCAGGAUUACUGGUGUGACAGCACAGGCAGAUGAGCGGCGGCGUGACGGAGAGAGGGGCUGAGAGAAACUCUGGAGGAGAGAGGUGGGGUGGAAAAAAAAGGAAAAAAACAAAUCAGUGCAACAGGAUGAGGACCUGCUAGUGCACAGCCGGCCUGACCCCACAGACCUGCCAUCUGUCCCGCUCUCACCAUCCACCAGCAUCUGGAUCACCUUGCAUCCAUAUGGGAAGGAGGGCAAAGGGGGGGCCAGCAAACUCGAAUCUCAUCCUCUCAUCCUUUUUCAUCGCACAGGACCUGAGGAGGAGCAUCAUCACCACUUGGAGAAGAGGAGGGGGGGAGAUCCCUUUACUGCGGAGUACCAUCACCACACAGGGGCUGAUAACUGGACGAAGAAGGAGAUAAAAAUAAAUAAAUAAAACUUUUGCUGAGAUGCAGAGGCGUGCACAGGACCCUUCCUCAUUUUUCAUCUCUGUGAUUCUGUAACUUCUCAUGGAUCUGUUGUGCCUCUCACCCCCGAGCAGGGAGAGGGAAAGGGAGGAAGAGGAGGGGGAGAGGGGGAGAAAGGAGAAGGCGGCGGGGAAGCGUCACAGCCUCUGCUGCUGAAGUGUUACCGGCUCUCGUUCCCCUUUCACCGGAGAGGCAUUUUAUCACUCCUCCUCCUCCCUCCUCCUCCUCCUCCUCCUCCUCUCCCCCAUCUCCUCAUCUGAACAGCGGGUCGCCUGAGUGUUAUAGACAGAGAGCUAAACACAGUGGGUUUACGCACAUAUGCACGCACACUCAAACACAAACACCCAGGCUGGCUGCAGCUCAUCGAGGGGCUCCCACACCUCUCCUCCUCCUCCUCCUCCUCCUCCUCCUUCACCCUCACUUUUCCUCCUUGUCCCUUUUCUGAUGUCCUGUCCUCACCUAUGUGAACGAGUUCACUGUGACACACGCGGAAAAAGAGGGAAGUGAGACAAGAAGAAGAUUUUUUUUUUUUUUUUUUUUUUUUUUGAGAAACUGGGAGAUCACACACACACACUUCUUGCUGUCACGUUGUGAAGUCCUCCAGGGGAGUGCGCCGACAUCCAAAAGCUGCCAAGAGCGCACGCAUUCGCGCAUUAGGAACUGAUAACUCGCGCAGCCUUGAAUCUCACACAGAGACUUGGUCUAAAUGCGUACUCCUACAGGUGCCGAGAGGAGAGAGAGAGGCAGGUGACAAGGAGGUGAAAGAAACAGAGGAUCAGAGGCAGACGUUUGGAGGAAAGCCCGCGGGGUGGGGGGAAACGAUGGAGCAGCGGGAGGUAAAGUUCAGCAGAAAACGCAGGCAGUAGGCUGCCAACAUGGCCAUUCCCACAGGGCAUCCUCCUCCUCCUCCUCCUCCUCCUCCUCCUUCUUGGCCCCCUCUCUUGCUCCUGCUCCUCCUCCUCCUCAUCGCCUCCCCGCUGCCCCUGCAGGCCCGGCCGCUACUCCUCCACCCGUCAAUCAACGUGGCGGUGGUGUUCAGCGGCUCCAGCUACCAGAAUGAAGUCAGAGGCCGCCUCAGCGGGGAGAACUUCGUCGACCUGCCCGUGGUGGUCAGCCCCGUGACCGUGCUGGUCAACGACACCAACCCUCGUGACCUGCUGACACGCCUCUGUGAUACCAUGGCAACAGAGAGGCUGCACGGCGUGGUGUUCGAGGAUGACGUGGGCUCGGGUGCAGGCGCGCAGGUGGCAGAAGUGGCACAGAUCCUGGACUUCCUCUCGACCCAGACAGCUCUGCCAAUUGUGGGCAUCAGUGGCGGGUCUGCAGUUGUCAUACCAUACAAGGCAGAGGGAUCCUCCUUCUUGCAGAUGGGGGCCUCUCUGGAGCAGCAGGUCAUCUGCAUGUUCAAGAUCAUGGAGGAGUACGACUGGGGCGAGUUUGUGGUGGUCACCAGUUUGCUGCCGGGCUACGACACCUUUGUGGAUAUAGUUCAGUCCUAUACGGAUACUUCCUACUUCCUGUGGAACCUGCAGGACGUCCUGUCUCUGGAAAUGUCUGUAGGAGCGAACGACGCAAAGACCAAGCGCGUGCUGCAGCAGGUGGACUCCCAGGUCCUGCUGGCGUACUGUUCCUACGAAGAGGCGCAGUACUUGUUUCGGCAGGCAGCCGAGGUGGGUCUGCUGGGGCCGGGCUACAUCUGGAUUCUCCCCAGCCUGGCUGUGGGCAACCCCGACAGCCCCCCACCUGCCAGCUUCCCCAUAGGUGUGAUCGGCGUGAUUACGGACCAGUGGAGGAAAAGCCUGCGGCAGAGAGUGAGGGAGGGUGUCGCCAUCGUAGCCAAGGGGGCGGAGAGCUUCAAGAAGCAGUACGGUUUCAUCCCGGAGGGGCACGGAGACUGCAACAAGCCGAGUAAACACUCAGACAACAAUACACUGUUCAGGCAUAUGCUGAAUGUGACGUGGGAAAGGAAAGAUCUGUCGUUCAACAGUCAAGGCUUCCUCUCGAACCCUUCGAUGGUCAUCAUCGCUUUGGACCGGGAGAGGCUCUGGGACAAGGUGGGCACCUACGCCCGGGGCAUCCUUCAAGUUCGCUAUCCCAUCUGGCCUCGAUACGGCAGCUUUCUGGAGCAUGUGUCGGACGACAGGCACUUGACCGUGGCCACGCUGGAGGAGCAUCCCUUCGUCAUGGUGGAGAAUGUGGACCCGGGCACCGGUACCUGUGUACGCAACACGGUGCCCUGCAGGCGUCAAUCAAAUCAAACGGAGAGUAUUAUUGGCCACUCAGAGUCCUACACCAAACUCUGCUGCAAGGGCUUCUGCAUAGACAUCCUCAAGAAGCUGUCCCGCACCAUCAAGUUCUCCUACGAUCUUUACCUGGUCACUAACGGAAAGCACGGCAAGCUCGUCCGUGGGACUUGGAACGGGAUGAUUGGGGAGGUUUUGUACAGACGAGCCGACAUGGCCAUCGGCUCCCUCACCAUCAACGAGGAGCGUUCAGAAAUCAUCGACUUCUCCGUGCCGUUUGUCGAGACAGGCAUCAGUGUCAUGGUGGCACGCAGCAAUGGGACCGUAUCCCCGUCUGCCUUUCUUGAGCCCUACAGCCCUGCAGUGUGGGUCAUGAUGUUUGUGAUGUGCCUGACCGUGGUGGCCGUGACCGUGUUCGUGUUCGAGUACUUCAGCCCGGUCGGCUACAACCGCAGCCUGGUGAGCGCCAAAGCUCCCGGCGGCCCCACAUUCACAAUCGGCAAAUCAGUGUGGCUGCUGUGGGGCAUCGUCUUCAACAACUCGGUGCCCAUUGAAAACCCCAAAGGAACCACCAGUAAGAUCAUGGUCCUGGUCUGGGCCUUCUUUGCCGUCAUCUUCCUGGCGUCUUACACUGCUAACUUGGCUGCCUUUAUGAUCCAGGAGCAAUACAUCGACACCGUGUCUGGCCUUUCUGACAAGAAGUUCCAGAAACCACAGGAGCAUUACCCUCCUUUCCGCUUUGGGACGGUCCCAAAUGGGAGCACGGAGAGGAACAUCCGCAGCAACUACCCCGACAUGCACACACACAUGGUGAAAUACAACCAGAAGGGGGUGGAGGAAGCCCUAGAAAGCCUCAAAAAUGGGAAGCUUGACGCCUUCAUCUAUGAUGCUGCGGUUUUGAACUACAUGGCGGGGAAGGAUGAGGGCUGCAAACUGGUGACGAUUGGCAGCGGGAAAGUGUUUGCCACCACGGGAUACGGCAUCGCUUUGGAGAAAAACUCCCGCUGGAAACGACCUAUUGACUUGGCGCUGCUGCAGUUCCUCGGAGAUGGAGACACCCAACGCUUAGAGACAGUCUGGUUGUCGGGCAUCUGCCAGAACGAGAAGAACGAAGUGAUGAGCAGCAAGUUGGACAUCGACAACAUGGCAGGCGUCUUCUACAUGCUCCUGGUGGCAAUGGGCCUCAGCCUGCUGGUCUUCGCCUGGGAGCACCUGCUCUACUGGAAGCUACGACACUCUGUCCACAAGUCGCACAAACUCGACUUCCUGUUGGCCAUCAGCAGGGGCAUUUACAGUUGUUUCAAUGGAGUGGAGGAUCCUGGGCGUUCAUCUGGUUUGGCUAAACCCGACCUGACCUCCAAUUACGCUCAAGCGAAUAUGCUCAAGAUGCUUCGCACUGCCAAGGACCUGGUCUCCACUGCCAACGUUGAGAGCUCCCUGGACAACGCCACCAAGACCAUCGAGAAGUUGAGUCGUCACGGUGGCAGCUUGCCUGUACGUGUUCCACAACUUGCCACAGAGGCCGUGCCAGGAGGCUUUGCUUAUAUUACAGAGAAUCACUGCUCUCUUCCUCAACGCUCCCUGACCCCACCCCUCACGGCUGUCACCUCUCUGAAACAGCACCGGGGUGUGACCAGGCCGACGCCGCUGCGCUACACACUUCCAACUCGCUCUUCGUCGUGUCUUUACGACCAACCACUUCCUGUUUCCAGUCUCAGUAGCCCCCACCUGGCCGUAGGGGAUCCUCUCCCUCAUCAGCACCCGCACCACUACCAGACCACUGGGAGACUUUACAUGGACAACCAUCCUCACUCCCCCUUCAUCCCUUACAAUGAUCUCCAGCUGCCUGACAUCUACGCUUCUCACCCGGUCUCCUCGCCCCAUAACCAGCACGUGCAGAUGGGCUUCACCCGGCGGAAACGGAGGUCCAGGAGUUUUCAGUGUGAGGACGGGGACGUGGAGCGGAGAAAACACGGGGACCAGGAGAAGAGUGACAAAGGUCCCAUCUGUCUGAGUGAGCUCAAAGCCAACCACCUCCAAGACAACCACAUCUCUGCCCCGAGUGUCGACAACAUCUACUCGGGGGAGGUGAUGUGUCCUCGGGUGGAGAACUACAGCUCGUGGCCUCCCGAGGACCUCGUGCUGAGAGGGAGACGCAGGCACCGCCGCCCUUCUUUUCUUAAAGCAACUUGGGGGAGCGAGCAGAUCCGCCAGCAGGAUGAAUCCCUGUCUUCCCUGUCCAGCCAGUCACCUUCAACCCUGCCGGACCUGUUCCCAUGCAUUCUUACGUCGGCCGCACCUGCCAAACCCUACAACCCUGCUCAUCUCCGAAACAACCUGUGCCUCCCAAGGAACCAGGCCUACCUCCACAUAAGGGAGGACCAGAGGAAGCCUAAUGGGCGUAAGGGCCAGAGGCUGCGCUACUCCCAAUCUGCACACCUCCCCACGUACGGCGAAGCAGUGCGACACGGGACUGGGUUAGGGCGGGGCAUGGUGCGGAGAGCGACUAGCUUGCUUAGUAGACAGUAUGCGCACUACCUGAACUCGUAUCCUGGACUACCGCUCUACCACGGCCCCCUGGACCUGCAGCAGCACAACCCGGCUUCUAGCAGUCACCCAAGUCCCAGCCCUAUGUGCCAACUACUGGCUUGUGGUGGUGGACAUUGCGGGGGCCAGCGGGCCCUACUGUACCAGGACAGUGUGUAUGGAGCCUACGGGAUCUAUCAGGGGUCUCAGACUGCAUCAGAAGCUCAGGGAUGUCAGGGAGCAGGGGGCCAACCUGUCGGGAGCCCCUGUGUACUUCGGCCCUGGCGACGGGUGUCUAGUCUGGAGUCUGAAGUCUGAUUGUGAACCAUAAGGACCUCACGAUGUAAACUGUGGAGAUUACCGAAGACAAGACUCUGAAACAUUACCACUGUGGAGAGAGUUUGUUGAUUAGAUUAAUGUCAAGGGGCAACGUUUCACCCCUUUGAAGUAUUAUCUAUGUGAUGUUGUGUGGUAAAGAAUAGAAGUAUGGGUCUCCUGAUGUGAUGUACACUACCGUAAGAAGACGGCACAGCCACCAAUUUAUCCUGGAGAAAGCUGUGGAAAGCUGAAGGCGGCAGGUUUAACUCACUUGCCGCUUUCCUACGAACAACGCUUGUGUGUUUUCCGUGCUUUAAUGUGCACUAAGAUUUACAACAGUCCAUGGUGUUGGCGCAUGGUUAAACUAUAACCAGAGUUUUUUAUGCCGUGUGUGUGUGUUGUGUAUAUUUUAAAAUGUGGAUGGUCGGGGUUCAGUCUUGGGUGUCGUCUAGUAGAUGAACCGUUUACAGCCGGAGAGAACAAGCGGAGGAAUAAAGGAUUGUCUAUUUAAAUACAGCCGCCAAAAAAUAAGCAGCCACUGUAGCAGGACGUUUGAGGACAACGGCAGAGGAGAACGAGAGAGGGGGUUUAAUCUCAACAUUCAAUAUUAAAACACUUUGAGGUUUUUAGAGUGAAACGAUCAUUUUGAGACAAAUGCAUAUCAGGUAACUUCUUUGAAUAUUCAUAACGCUGUGGAGCUGAAACCUUUUCACGUCUUCAUACGAGUGAUGAAUCAGAGCGAACCAGUGACUUUAUGAAAGCAGUCCAUAUGAACACAAUCUGCAAAAAAAAAAAAAAAAAAAUGUUGACAGUAUGUAAUGGGACAGUAUUGACCAGCACUAGGUGUCUUAAACCAUGGACUCUUGUUUCCUCACUGGGUCUCAUUGCGAGGCCACAGCACAGCACAACAUCCGACAGGGCCUCACAUCAAACAACGUCCCAUACUCUAAGUACUAUAUAAAUAUAGAAACAUGUGUUAUUUGAGGCUGGUUAGUGCCAUAUUCAUGUAUUCUACAUAUGAUAGGAAUUUAUAGUCACUGUUUUUCUAAACACAUCUCUGGCACUUUUUUUUUUUUUUAAACCGUUGCGGAUUUACUGGAACAUUUGUUAUUAUUAUUAUUACUAUUAUUAUUAUUAUUAUUGUGUAUUAACUAUAUCAGUUGGCCUAUAUUAAGAUUUUCAUCACCCUCCUCCUUUCCACUCUUUUAUAUUCCCUCCUCAUCCUACUUUUUUCCCCCCAUCUCCUCUAACUGUUUAAUGAUCAAAUUUAAAUGAGGUAAUUGAAAGCUAUUCUAGUAUCUAUAUUACCUGGAUCCCUCACCCUGUAAUUAAUCACUUAGACCAAUUAAAGAGCCUUUUUUCGAUUAACACA